UACACAUAGUCAUACCUAACCUGUGAAGCAAAUCUCCGCUCCCUAACAUCGAUUCUCUUCUUCCUUCUCCUGCUCCCAUAACCACCAUAGCCUACGCGAAGCCUGUCUUGUACCUUGCAUAGCCGAGAGACUUUGUUACAUCCACUACCCAUCCUGACAAAAGGCCUCGACGCGUCCAUUUUUCUUGUUGACCCCAAACUUGUUGGGAAGCGAGGCUAUACAGGACACCAUUGUCCCUUCAAAAACCAAGCCACACACCUGGGCUACCAAAACUUCUCUCCGUUCCUGCUGUCUAGUCCAUUGAAGAAAAACCACCAAGGUGUGAAAAAAGGAGGAAGAGACUUUGACACCACACCCAAACACAAUCUCUCAACAUCUCCCCGUCUGCACCACAUCAAGAUGAACUCCUCCACAAGCCUGCGCCUUCUGCGGAACGCAACCCAAGGUGCCCUUCGCACGAAGCCUGCCUCGAAGGCAUCAAGACAGUCCUUCCGCCCUAUCAGCACGACCAACUCACAGUUCAUUUCAAACACUCCCCGUCGCCGAGACCCUUCAGAUCCCUAUCACAAAGCCAGUACGGAAGCCGUCGGUCAAUCGGCCGGCCCUCACGAAGGCUCUGCCUCGCGAACGGACAAAGAGAUCGUGGUCGAAUACCCCGACGAUGAGAAAGACUUGCCUCCCGAGCGACCAUUGCGUGGCCGAGGCGGCGUCCACUUUGUGCGAACCUUGCCCACCUUCUCCCUGGAAGGCCGAACGGCCGUCGUCACUGGUGGUGCUCGAGGUCUCGGUCUCGUCAUGGGACAGGCCCUCGUGAGCUCCGGUGCAGACCUCGCCAUCGUCGACAUGAACAAGGAGGAGGGUGAGAAGCAGGCCGUCGAGCUCCUCGAAAUGUUCCGCCGCGAGACCCCGGACAACCCGGACGUCCUGCCCAAGAUCACCGCACACUACUGCGACGUGUCGGACCCGACCAGCGUGGACGACUGUCUCGCCGACGUCCUCGACAAGCACGGAAAGAUCGACCACCUCGUGACCUCUGCUGGCUUCACCGAGAACUACGCCGCCGAGAUGUACCCCUACGAGCGCAUCAAGAAACUCUGGGGCGUCAAUGUCGACGGCACGUACCUCUUCUCCACGGGCGUCGCUCGCCACUUGAUGGAGCGCAACAUCACCCACGGCAGCAUCGUCAUGAUCGGUAGCAUGUCCGGCUCCAUCGUCAACGUGCCCCAGCCCCAGGCACCCUACAACGCCGCAAAGGCCGCCGUCAGGCACCUCGCUGCCAGUUUGGCCGUGGAAUGGGCACACGCCAACAUCAGAGUCAACUGUAUCAGCCCCGGUUACAUGUUGACCGCUCUGACACGUAAAAUCCUCGACGACAACCCGGAGCUCAACCAGAAAUGGACCUCCCUCAUCCCCGUCGGCAAAAUGGGAUCUCCCGCCGACCUGCAAGGUGCCGUGGUCUACUUGCUCAGUGAUGCCAGUCGCUAUGUCACCGGAGCAGACUUGAGAGUUGACGGAGGUUACACGUGCACAUAAAAAUGCGUAUCUUCACUAAUUGUUUGUGGAGAUUUUUUUGGUUCCAAGGAUUUUGCGGUAUUGUAUCCAAUACAUUGGGCUGGGUUGGGACAUCAUAGAUGGACGGCGGCGGGACAAAACGUGUCCCAAAAAAUCAUAGAACGGGUAUUGGGGGAAAAUCCAAUAGAUUUCCUUGACACAAGAAUAUCAAGAUAUCUCUUUUG